AUGGCAAUCUUCAAGACCGCAGCCCGGCUCUGCGCCAGGUCAACAAUACAUUCUUCUCCUGUCGCCGGGAGACGCAUCUCUGGAAAGGCUUCAGACUUUGCCAACAGCAAGUUUUUCCGGGUAUCUGAAGAGGUGACGGAUGCGAUAGCCACAGGGAAACCAGUAGUAGCUCUGGAAACUACCAUAUAUACACAUGGUUUCCCUUACCCCGAUAAUGUGGCGCUUGCAUCGCUUCUGGAGUCUGUGGUUCGUUCUAAUGGUGGUGUCCCUGCCACAAUUGCCGUCUUCAAUGGCGUGGCUCGCGUAGGAUUAAACUCGGAUGAGAUUAUCGAGAUAGCUGCUACCGCCCAGUCCAAGACUGCGUUGAAGGUCUCGCGGCGUGAUCUUGGCUAUCUAUGUGGAUUGGGACUUUCGGGCAAGCCUAUUCAUGGCGGCACCACUAUUGCAGGAACCAUGAUACUUGCCCAUCUGGCUGGUAUCAAAGUCUUUGGCACUGGUGGCCUGGGUGGCGUGCACCGUGGAGGAGAAGUUUCAAUGGACAUAUCAGCCGAUUUAACGGAACUCGGACGAACUCCGGUCGCUGUAAUCAGCUCUGGAUGCAAAAGCUUCCUAGACCUUCCCCGGACACUUGAAUACCUUGAGACUGAAGGGGUUCUUGUAGGCACCUUUGCUGAUGGCCGGAAGGGCAACGUUGAUUUUCCAGCUUUCUGGACACGAGACAGUGGUGUGCGCAGCCCGAAGGUGAUAGAAAAUGAAUAUGAUGCAGCAGCAAUUAUAUAUGCUCAAAACCAGCUGGGAAUAUCAUCUGGAAUUCAUUUCGCGAACCCUGUGCCGGAAGAAUAUUCUGUUCCAAAGGCUGAAAUGGACAAAGUCAUUGAUGAGGCAGUAAGAUUGGCAGAGGUCCAAGGGUUCCAAGGGAGCGAUAAUACGCCUUUCGUCCUUGCUAAGAUCAAAGAAUUAAGUGGUGGCUCGAGCAUUUCUGCAAAUCGAGCACUUAUCGAGUCGAACGUGACUCGCGCAACGAAGGUAGCGGUGGAAUUAGCAAAGCUGGAACAGACAGGUGGAGGGCUAGUCGAUCGGUUAAAGCCGGUAGACUCUACUCCAACAUACACAGAGAUUAAAACAAAUUCCACGCUCAGGAACAUCAAGAAAGCAGAUGUCUUAGUAGCUGGCUCUCUUGCUAUCGAUUUUUCAUGUGAUUUUGCUCCUAUCGGCGAUCGCAGCAAGGAUUUUUCCCCUGCUCAGCAUACAUCCAAUCCGGCUACGAUUGGACAGAGCUUGGGUGGCGUCGGACACAACGUUGCUAUUGCUGCUAGCUACGCGGGGAGUACGACCGUGUUUUGCAGUGUAGUCGCGGACGACUUGAGUGGCAAGGCAGCUCUUGCUGCACUGGAAAAUGAGCAGUUAAGCACUGAGGGUGUUCAGGCAUUAUCCCCUUCACAAGGGGUAAGAACAGCUCAGUAUGUUGCUGUUAACGAUGCGAAAAAGGAUCUAUUUGUAGCGAUGGCAGAUAUGGGCAUUAUGGAGCUUCCAGAGAGCAGCCUCAACUUUGAUGGCUUCUGGGAGCCUCUACUUGCACGGAUGCAACCCAACUGGGUUGUUCUGGAUGCAAACUGGAGCUCUGAUGUGCUCAACAAAUGGGCUCUAUCAGCCAGGAAAGUCAAUUCUCGUGUUGCUUUUGAGCCUGUAUCAACUGCCAAAGCGACAAGGCUAUUCAAGAACAAAGCAGGCGAAACUCCUGUGAUUGGGCCUUUUGACACGAUUCCCUCUCACAAAAUCGACCUCGCCGCACCAAACGGCCUGGAAUUGACGUCGAUGUAUUCGGCGGCACGUGCAAGUGGGUUGUUUGACAGCCCUGAAUGGUGGAAGAUCAUCAAUAGUCUCAACCUGUCCAGUGUUGGGUCUCGUGAUUUGCUCGUUUCUGUCACAUCAGCGGCAUUAGUAGAUGCUGGCAUCCCUCAACAAAGCAUCCAACUGCUUCCAUUCCUUCCGUGUCUUUUGACCAAGCUCGGCCAUCAGGGGGUCUUGCUGACACAGCUUCUUCCGCGCGAUGACCCUCGAUUGACAUCCCCGGACACAGCGCGAUAUAUCAUAUCACGAGCAGACAGUGACGAUGCAUCGGUGGGCGGGGUGUAUAUGCGGUUGUUCCCACCAGACACGGUACUGUCUGAGCAGGAGGUUGUGAGUGUGAAUGGAGCAGGCGACACGCUGCUCGGGGUGGUCAUUGCAGGCCUCGCAAGACCCUACGAGAAGAACAAGUCAAAGACACUCGAGGAAAUCAUCCCCGUUGCGCAACAAGCUAGCCUACGAACAUUGCAAAGCAUGGACAGCGUCAGCCCCAGCAUCAAAGACUUGGCACGGCUGCUCGAAGCCUAG